UAUAUAUAGUUGCUGAUUUUUUAUAAUAAAGUGUGAGUGUAUCAGUUAUAUGCAUCUUUGGAUAUUAAAAGGUGAAUUCAGAAGAAAUCACAAUAUAACAUUUGUUCACUGACCAACGGACAAGCAAGCAAGGCUUACACUUAGUUCGAAAAAAAUUAAUUUUCAUAACCAUCCUUGUCCAUGUUUCAGAUAUGAUGGUGGUGGGAGUGGGUUAGUAUCUUUAUAUCUCACUACCCAAAAGGCGUCGGGAGAUGAAAAGUUUAGGAGAUGUACAAUUUUAUAUAGGCUACAAUCUAUGAUAUGCAGAAUCCAAAAAUGGCCGAUCUAAAUCCUCGGAUUUUUCAGCAUGUCUCUAUAAAAACCUUCCAUACAUGAUCAGAGAACUUUGAAAUUCUAAGACUACCAGUAGAAAGAGCAGCCAAAAUCCCUUUGUAAUUGCAUUUUCGUAGUGAUCGAGCGAGAUUUCAAAGAGAUAUGAAAAGUUUUUCGAAGAAAUAUGCACAAUUAACUAGUCACGUUUGCAUGGUCUUCAGGUGUUCUCUAACCAAACAGCCACUUUUAAUAUCUUUAAUAUCUACCGUCUAGCAUUGGUUGAAAAAUACAGUCCAGUAGUAUGUAAUUUAUUUUCGAGUAAUAAAGAUAGAAAGGACAACGGCAAUUCAGAUAAAUAGACACGUGUUCUUUAGUACUAUUCAUUUUUAUUCAUCAUUCGAACAUCAUCAUCAACAUGACAACCACAACAGUUGUACAAUCGAAUGUAAUUUUACCAACACAUAAAAUCGUGUUCGAUGAUAUUGUGAAAAAUAAACGCAAGCUAUUUGUUAAUUUACAUCGCAAGCUAUCUACGUAACUAGCUAUAAAUUAUAUGCUCAUAUUAGAUUAUUUCGUUUUUAUGCAUAUAUUUUCUUUCUUUUUUAGAUGGUCUAAAGAAGCAAAUUAUGAAAUGUCAUCAUGGAUACAGAAGACCUUAUCCAGGUGCAGCUGAAAAUAAGGUAAUGCAACAGAAGCUUCGCGAACUAGUGAAAUACGGCUUACGUGGGACACGUAACGCUGAAUUUGAUCCUGUUGAACAUUCACCGGUAUCAAGUAGCACGAGCAGCAUCGAUGGUGAUGAAGAUGGUGAUUUUGAAAAAGAAAAUUGUAAAGUUAAACAAGUGAUACCCAAAGGAAACAGUGCUGAAAUACAAAUCAAUCUUCCUCAACCAACUUAUGCCACCGAUGAAGAACAGUCUUCAAGAAUCAAUAGUGUAGAUGAAGAUGGGAAUAGAAGUGAAGAUGACAAUCAAGAAUCAACAUUAAAUUUAAGUCAAAUGGAUUUAAGUUCCAUAAUAUCUCCAAAAUUUAAGUCAACCAAUACAUGUAAAAGCAUUCUACGUACACAAAUUGAUGAUAAUGAUGCCACAGUCACAUCAGCAAAAACCAUCACUGUUACUCCCACUGAUGCUACGUCAUUAUCAGAUAAUAAUUAUGAUACAACAAUACAGACAACAUAUGUAGACAACAUACAGACAUUUCCAAUACGUCAUCAUCGAUAA